AUGGUUAACCGUUACGUCUUCGCCGUUGCCGGCCUCGCCGCUCAGCUCAACGCCCUGCCGUUGAACAUCAACCUUGGUGCCUACUCUCCUGCCUUGGUGGUGGGUGAUGGUGAAAUUUCAUUCGGUGGUAGAAACGAUGUCUCCCAGUUGAUGAACGUGCUGGAAGGCGCGGCAGUUAAUGCUGCUCAAGGUGUUGCGAACGCUCCGGCCGCCGCUCCCGCCAACCCGCAACCGCAGCAGCCGGCGCAGCCCGCAACUCCCGCUGCUCCUGCUGCUGCCUCCGUGGGCGGCGCUACUCCCGUCACUGCGACCUCCGAGAACGGACGAGUCGACGAGGCCCAGGCCAUCGCCGCCCUUCAAGGCAUGGGCAAGGAGAUCGCUCCUCGAGUCUCGCUCACCAAGGCCCGCGCCCCGCCCCCGCAGAAGCGAGACCUCGCCGGCUUCGACCGCGCCCUGAAGUUCGCCGAAGCGGCUCUCACGAAGGGACCCAAGGUUCAGCUGGGCACCGGCGAGGGUGGGUCUGGUGUUGGUAUGAUCGUCGACAACAACCAGCAGGCCGCCGCUCGCCCUGGUAAGGGUGGUGCUGAGGGAGGUGCCGCUGGUGGCGGUGCUGCCGGUGGUGGUGCCGGUGAGGCUGCUGCUCCUGCCGCUGCUCCUCCCGCUGCCGCCGCCCCCGUCAUCGUUGCCCAGCAGAAGGUGAAGGCUCGCGCCGAGGAGCCCCAGCAAGCUCCCCGCCGCCGCAAGGUCACCACCAUGUACGUCCGCUCUGGUGUUCCUGCUGGCGUUGAGAUGACCCCCGAGAAGCUCGUCGCCCGUGACCCCAUGCCCGCUGGUACUCCCGUCGCCCGCCAGGUCAUCCCUGCCACCAACGAGAUCGUUAAGCGUGCCGAGGAAGAGCUGGCCAAGCGCGGUGCCGGUGGCGCCAUUGACACCGUCAACCUCAACGUCAGCGGUGAGGGCGUCACCAUGACCUUCGUCGAGAGCGAAGCCCCCGAGGAUGAGCAGUAA